AUGGGACGAAGCAACGGACAAGAACCUUGCAGACCUGAGGCAUCAUGUAAAUUGCCCAUUGGCCUGGAGUUGGCACGAAGAGGUCACAAUGUUACUGUUAUUACCGCUAAUAAGGAGGAUAAUCCCCCACCCAAUUACCACGAAGUGAUGGUUGACGAUAAAAAAAUAUGGGAAGUUAUCGGUGGCGAAAGACCGAAUGUGUUUACAAUGGUCCAACUAUCGGCGGAAAGGUUUCACGAAAAGAUAUUGUGGAAUGGAGGCAUAGCAUUCACUGAAGUGACCCUUAACUCAACGAAAGUGAAAAGUUUUCUUAAACAAGACAUAAAAUUUGAUUUAGUUAUAUGCGAACAAUUCUUCCAAGAAGCUUUAUAUGCACUUGCGCAUAAGUAUAAUGCACCACUCGCAUUGGUGACUACUUUUGGGAACUGUAUGAGACACAAUAUUCUGGUUCGAAAUCCUUUACAAUUAGCUACUACAGUAUCAGAAUUUCUGGACAUUGAAGAACCGGGGAGUUUCUGGGGACGUCUUAGAAACCUGUAUUUCACGGCAUACGAGUUUCUAUGGUGGAAGCUUUGGUAUAUGGAAAAGCAAGAAGAUCUUGUAAAGAAAUACAUGUUUAAUUUACCACAACCAGUCCCGUCAUUGUAUGAAAUCCAAAAAAACAGUUCACUCAUUCUAUUAAACAGUCAUUUCAGUUUCGAUGCUCCUAUGGCAUUUUUACCUAAUGUGGUUGAAGUGGGGGGUUUGCAUUUGAUUAAAACUGAAAAAGAUCUUCCUAAAGACUUACAAAAGCUUUUAGACGAAUCCCAUCAUGGGGUUGUAUACGUUAAUUUCGGGUCUAAUGUACGAAGUAAUGAACUACCAGUCGCAAAACGAGAUGCGUUCUUGAAUGUGUUUAGAAAAUUAAAACAAACAGUUCUAUGGAAAUGGGAAGAUGACAGUUUGAAAGAUGCACCCAGUAAUUUGGCAGUGAGACCGUGGCUACCCCAAAAAGAGAUCUUAGCGCAUCCAAACAUAAAAUUGUUCAUAUCACAUGGCGGUCUAAUUGGAACACAGGAAGCUAUCUACAACGGUAUACCAUUAAUAGGCAUACCCAUAUAUGCGGACCAAUUCAACAAUUUACUCCUAGCCGAAGAAAGAGGAUUCGGAAAAAUACUGCAAUUCCAAGACAUCAACGAGAAUAGACUCGAACAGCUAAUCAACGAUGUUCUUCAUAAUAAAACCUACGCAGACAAUGCUAAAGUAGUAUCCGAAAGGUUUAAAGACAGGCCGCUUAAUGCUUUAGAUACGGCCAUGUAUUGGUUAGAGUUUGUUAUACGAUACAAAGGUGCUGAAUUUAUAAAAAAUCCAGCAAGAGAUAUGACCUGGAUGGGAUAUAAUAUGUUGGAUGUAUACGUUUGUAUAUUGAUAGUUUUAGUGUGUGCAGUUUCCAUAAUACUGUAUGCUGUUUUGCAAAUCACUCAUAUGUUACGGUUAAAAGAUUUUUCGAAACAAAAGAAGAUGGAUUAG